AAAGUACACGUCCGCUUCUGCUCCAACGGACUCGCUUCGGCGACCAUGUGCUCGUUGUCUCCAAAAUCCGUAUUCAUUACGGGUGCCAAUAGGGGUUUGGGGCUGGAAUUUGUGAAGCACUUUCUGCGUCUAGCGAAUCCCCCUACCCACCUGUUCGCAGCCUGUAGACAGCCGGACCAGGCCACGGAGUUGACACAGCUAGCGAGCGAGAAUGGAAGUAUUCGCGUGGUAAAGCUGGACGUAAGACAGGAUGAAGAAAUUGCUGCGGCUGUGGCGGAGGUGGAGAAAGUUGUUGGGGAUGAUGGACUCAAUCUGCUGCUGAACAACGCCGGCGUUAGCCAAAAGGAAGAAGGCCUCGAACCACUGACUCGGGAAAAGAUUAAUUUUCACUUCGACAUUAAUGUUACUGUCCCACUGUUGAUUAGUAAAGCGUUACUUCCCACACUGAGACGAGCCGCAGACAAGGUAGAGUUCAGCUGCAGCAGAGCAGCCAUCAUCAAUCUCUCUUCUAUCUUAAGCCUUAUCAACCAUAUCAACAAAAUAAACGACUUCCGCUACCCUUACAACAGCUCAAAGUGUGCCCUCAACAUGGUGACCGAUAUUCUCGCGAGAGAAGUUUCCCCGGACGGGGUGUUGGUGGCUGGGAUCCAUCCCGGGUGGGUCAGGACCGACAUGGGAGGCCCUAACGCAAUGAUAGAUAAGGAAGAAAGUAUUUCCAAGUGUAUGAAUACAUUUGCAGCGAUGAAUAAAGAUUCGUCAGGGUUGCUGUAUUCAUACACAGGAGAUAUCUUUGAUUGGAAUUACGGGGUCUAGUUAAAUACAACGUUUGUUUUUUACCUGAAAAUAUAUCAUGCAAUAGGUUGUAAGGUUAUGGAAGAAGUUAUUCAAUCGUUUAAUUUUGUUUUCCUUGUCGAAUAAGCUUUAUAUUUCAAUGAUUAUUCAAAUAUUCGGAUUUAAUAAAACGGAGUUAGGGAAGAUCCAUGUGAUUUGAAUAUUUCACCACGGCCAACAAACUGUUCAUUUUGGCUAUAUUACUGAACAAAUAUUACUAUCUAUUUAAACAAGCCUACGCCCCACCAUCAAUAGAAAUCAAAUGGAUGUUUCUGAUUCUGAUUCUAAGUAUCCUCUUUUAAUCCUCCGGAUAGUUGGAAUUCUCUCGAGUAAUACGUUUCUGAGUUGCGCUGUAAUAUACUUGUUAAUGCAGGAUGAGAAUCAAUAUCAAACAAUAUAAAGUAUAUGUGACAUAUGGACCACGUACUGGCUAGUUAAG